GGUAAUUUGCAUCGCCCUCCCCCCAGCCCGGGUGGGGAUUGGCCGCCGGCGGCGGGGGGUGGCGCGGGGCCAGGCUCACUGCCGCCUCCCGGCCCCUCGGAGGGAGCCAGCCCAGCCGCAGCCGCCGCCACCGCCGCCGCCGGGGCCGGGCCCCCUCGCCGCUGCCCCGGGAAGGAGGUCUCGGCGCGGAAGAUGGCCGGCGGCGUGGACGGCCCCAUCGGGAUCCCGUUCCCCGACCACAGCAGCGACAUUCUGAGCGGACUCAACGAGCAGCGGACGCAGGGCCUGCUGUGCGACGUGGUGAUCCUGGUGGAGGGCCGUGAGUUCCCCACGCACCGCUCGGUGCUGGCUGCCUGCAGCCAGUACUUCAAGAAGCUGUUCACGUCGGGCGCCGUGGUGGACCAGCAGAACGUGUACGAGAUCGACUUCGUCAGCGCCGAGGCGCUCACGGCCCUCAUGGAUUUUGCCUACACGGCCACGCUCACCGUCAGCACAGCCAACGUGGGCGACAUCCUCAGCGCCGCCCGCCUGCUCGAGAUCCCCGCUGUGAGCCACGUCUGCGCUGACCUCCUCGACCGGCAGAUCCUGGCGGCCGAUGCGGGUGCCGAUGCCGGCCAGCUGGACCUCGUAGAUCAAAUUGAUCAGCGAAACCUCCUUCGCGCCAAGGAGUACCUCGAGUUCUUCCAGAGCAACCCCAUGAACAGCCUGCCUGCAGCCGCCGCCGCCGCCGCCUCAUUCCCAUGGUCCGCCUUUGGCGCAUCCGACGAUGACCUGGAUGCCACCAAGGAGGCCGUGGCCGCUGCCGUGGCCGCCGUGGCUGCCGGCGACUGCAAUGGCUUGGACUUCUACGGGCCUGGCCCCCCAGCUGAGCGGCCCCCGGCCGGGGACGGGGAUGAGGGAGAUAGCAACCCAAGUCUGUGGCCGGAGCGGGAUGACGACGCCCCCGCUGGGGGCCUCUUCCCGCCCCCCGUGGCCCAGCCGUCCACCGCCACACAGAACGGCCACUACGGCCGGGGCGGGGAGGAGGAGGCAGCCUCGCUGUCAGAGGCGGCCCCGGAGCCGGGCGACUCUCCGGGCUUCCUGUCAGGCACGGCCGAGGGCGAGGACGGGGACGGGGCCGAUGCGGACGGGCUGGCGGCCAGCACGCUGCUGCAGCAGAUGAUGUCGUCGGUGGGCCGGGCGGGAGCGGCGACGGCGGGGGACAGCGACGAGGAGUCACGGGCGGAUGACAAGGGCGUCGUGGACUACUACCUGAAGUACUUCAGCAGCGCCCACGACGGCGACGUCUACCCGGCCUGGUCGCAGAAGGUGGAGAAGAAGAUCCGGGCUAAGGCCUUCCAAAAGUGCCCCAUCUGCGAGAAGGUCAUCCAAGGCGCCGGCAAGCUGCCGCGGCACAUCCGGACCCACACGGGCGAGAAGCCCUACGAGUGUAACAUCUGCAAGGUCCGAUUCACCAGGCAGGACAAGCUCAAGGUGCACAUGAGGAAGCACACGGGCGAGAAGCCGUACCUGUGCCAGCAGUGCGGGGCGGCGUUCGCGCACAACUACGACCUGAAGAACCACAUGCGCGUCCACACUGGCCUGCGCCCCUACCAGUGCGACAGCUGCUGCAAGACGUUCGUGCGCUCCGACCACCUGCACAGACACCUCAAGAAGGACGGCUGCAACGGCGUGCCCUCGCGCCGCGGCCGCAAGCCCCGGGUGCGGGGUGGCGGGCUUGGGGGGCCCGACCCCGCCCCCGCCCCGGGGGCCCCUGUGCCGCCCGGCGCCCCUGCCCCGCCCGGCUCGCCGGAUGCGCGGCGCAACGGCCAGGAGAAGCACUUUAAGGACGAGGAUGAGGAUGAGGACGAGGCCAGCCCCGACGGCCUGGGCAGGUUGAAUGUAGCGGGCGCCGCUGGGGGAGGCGACGGGGGCGCCGGGGCCACCGCCGAUGGCAGCUUCGCGGCCGGACUCGCUUGAAAACCAAAAAAAAGAGAAAACAGAAACCCGAGAAAGAGAGAGAGAGAGAGCAAAUCACCCACCACCCCCAAAAAACACAAAAAAAGAAAUCUAUCUAUAUACAGAUAUCUAUAUCUAUAUAUAUAUAUAUAUACAGAUAUAUAUAUAUGAAGCGUCACAGAAUCUAGGGUAGUGCUUUUCUCAGAUUUUUCUCCUUCAUGAUGUUCUCUCCCUCCACGGGGACCCUCGCCCCACCCCACCCCCAGCCCCGCUUGCCCCCCACCCCGUCGAUGGCUUUCGGGGCUCAGCUUGGGGUUUUUGUGGGACACGAGGAUUCUGAGCUCCCCGGGCGCCCCGCGUUCGGGGUCUGGGGUCCCAUCGGAGGCUCGAUCAGGGCCCCAGGUCCCGGCAGGGGUGAGGGUGGUCACGGGGGCGUGGGCCGGGGACCGGGGUGGGGGGGGUGUCUUUUCUUUUCCUCUCCCUGCCCCGCCCCCGCUGAUUUCUAGAGUCUUUUGAGAUAAGACCUUAAAAAUGAUUUGUGUCCGCUGUGAGCGGACGUUAAAACGGCCCCAUCCGCACCCCCACCCUCCUUCCUCAGGGCACUUCCGAAGUGGGGGUCUCCCCCUCCGUCUCCCCGACUGCCUCCCCACCUCCCGUCCCUGCCUGUGGUCCCCCGGAUCUCCUGGCCACCGCGACACAAAUCUAUUUAUUUCCAGGCGUGGAGAAAGGGGAGAAGAUGGGGAAGGGGUGGGAGGGCAUCAGAGUGACUCCCCAAGGGCCCCCGCCACUUUCCUUCACGGCACUUACAACCCGGCGGGACCUGCGGGCUGCCACUCAGGGCGCCCCUGCCACCCCCGUCUUGGUCCCCCGACCCAGGCCCACCCCAGACCCCAUGAGACGUUUGGAGAUUCGAAACUUUUUGUCUUCACCCUCUCCCCUUCCCCUAGCCCUGUCCCGAUUUUUAAAAGCACUUUUUAGAUUUUUUUUUUCUCUUUUCCUCCUUAAAAACAAAAUUUAUAUAUAGAUAUAUAUAUAUAUAAAAUAUACUUUUCCUCAGAGGAGCAGGCGACAGUGUGGGGUGAAAGAGCCAAGAGCAGAGGGAAUGCAGGGUCUCACGGUGGCAGGGAUGUGGGGAGCGAGAGUGUCCAGAAGUUCCAGUGUCACAAAAGCAAUAAAAACAAGAUUUUACAAAAAUGAAAGGAAAAAAAAAACAACAACAAGACAACCAACCACAAAUAGAAGUCUUGGCACUUUGUAACAGAACGGGUACUACACUUUAUCUUAAUUCUUAAUUUAAAAACAUGUUUACAAGUUGCAACCAACUUCUAUGAAAAGUCAAAAAGACAAAAAAAAAAAAUAAGAGCGAGAGAGAGAGCGAGAGAGAGAGCGAGAGAGAGCAAACAGAAAUUCCUAAAAGUCGAUUUAUUUUUGUACAAAAUAAUAAAAAAAGAAACCCACCACAGACGUAGAAUCCACUUCUGUUCCCCGAGGUGAGAAGGGGGUCAGGAAGUCACGGGUGAGGGCGAAGCCUUCUGAGGUAUUUGUACUUUACCACGGGGGCUCGCCUUGCAGGCAGGACUGCGGGGUUUUUGUGUUUCUGCCGUGUCCCCCCCCAGCACCUCCCCCCACCAUUCUGUCCCUUUUUGGGUUCUGAUUUGGAGACGUCUCCUCACCUGCUAGCCAUACAGUGGCCACCUGUGUCCGCGGGGACCCUCCUUACCGACUCCCCAGCUCAGGGAUGGGCCCGAGAGAGGGCUGGCUUUCCAACCAGCCGGAGCAAUCCCGUCUCCCUGCCCUUGUCCCCUGACCCUUGCUGUCCCCCUACCCUCCAACAUGGCCGCCCUUCCUUGUGGCCACCGAGGAGCUGCCAUCUUGGAUACGCCAUCCCCACCGAGGUGGGUGACAGGGGGCCCCACCUCCAGGGCCUUACUCCACCCCCCACUGCACCCCUCUUUUUACUCAAAGGCACUGACUGUAACCUGGGGGCUGGCACCCGCCUCCCCCCAGCCUCUGGCUCCCCAAAGGCCCGGCGUUGACCGAGCCACAGGCCACGGACUGGGGCCAGGGCUGGGGAGGCCGUUUUGCCAGAGGCCGGGGCACCCUCCUCCCCCCCACCCAUCCCCCGUCGCAUAUGCAACCCUAGUGUGGGGCCCUGUAAAUAGACGCUCUGCUGAGCGGAGACCCUUCCUCAUCAAAAGCCGGAGGUGUGGGGGGUGUCCCCGCUCCCCGCCUCUAGCUGCUGGCCCGUCACCCCAUGCCCCUUGGUUCUGUGACAGACCCCAUCUCUUUCUUGUUUUUAAAGGGAAGCUUUUAAAGAAGGCAACUUUCA